UGUAAUUGAUCAGUGUCAGGUGUAAUUAUUAUUAUCUGGAUCUAAAUUAAAUACGUAGUCCUGGGACGCCAGCACCCACUGCGACCACCAUAAAAAACCUGGGCAGGAUUAUCAACCUUCUGACAGCUUCAACUUAGAGAAAUUACAACGUGGUAGAAGUAGAAAUUAGUGGAAAAGAUCCUGAUUUGGACUGAAUUAGACUCAAUAAAGUGUCAUAUGAGUCUAUAUUUAAUGUCUAACAAUCAGAGCCAGCCUUCAUGGAGCUGAUUAGCAUAGAAAUUAAACAUUUUCUACACUUAUUAUUUUAUAGUUUUUAAUCAUGUGGAAUUUGAUAAAACACAUAUACUAUAUGAGACCAUAAAUACUGCAUAGGAAUGAAAACGCUGACAGGCUGUUGUGGAUGUGAGUCACAGAAAUCUUUGAGUCUGUCAAAAUCCCUGAAAAGUGCAAGUUGCGGUCUAGGCGAAAUGUGUACUUGUUUGCUUUUUCACAGCUGACAUUUCACUUCAUUCUCCUAAAAGCACCGAUUUUACUGAUAGCAUUAACAGUGACCUUUCUCUUCUACUCAGUGGAAUUUAAGCCACAACAGGCGCUGCCGUGAGACGCCGGGUCUCCUACUGGGACGUGUCAAGUCGGAGUCUGCGACGAAAAGGAAAUUCAUUUCUCAGCCCCGUGUAUUUUUUUACCAACAUCACAGGAGAAGGUGGAAACAAACUUACAGCAGCGUGGAGAGAUCAUCUGGAAAAGGAAUGUGGAAAAAGUGAAACAAAAAAAAACAAAACAGUCUGCUUCUAAUUACGUCUCAAACUGGUGACCUAACUUUUCAUCCUGGCCGUUUGCCCCGUUCCAGCUCCUGCCCAGGACCGGGUCUGGGAGUCAGGACUAAUCAAAGGCACUUGUAGGGGAGCGGUGCUGGCCUCUGCAGGGAUCGAGCCAGUUCUGGCCUGCUUCUCUCUUCCCUCUCACUCUCUCUUCCUGUCCUGUCUGUUUAAGCAGUGAAAGAUUUGGGAAAUUCCUUCAAGCUACUUUACUUCACGUUUCCGUGGGACUUAAACAUGCACACUGAGGUUCUGGUACAGUCCAUGUCAGUGCCGCUGUUUCUGAUUCUGCUCUCCACCGUGGAUGACACUUUGUUACAGUCGGUGAGCCAGGUGGGCGGUGCGUGCCGGCUGUCUGCCGAGUCGUCCCUGCGCCGCUGUCGGACGCCCGACGGCAAGAUAUGCAGCGGGAGGGGCAGGUGCAGCUGCGGGACCUGCAUCUGCGAGGCCUCGGACCCGGGGAAGUUCUACGGGCCUCGCUGCGAAUGCCACGACUGGGUCUGCGCGGUACACGACGGGAAACCCUGCAAUGACCGAGGCUACUGUGACUGUGGCUUGUGUGAGUGUGAUGAGGGCUGGUUCGGAGACGCCUGCCAGGUCCAGGAGGAGUGCAACCUGCCCAGCAAGAAGAGCAAGGAGCUCUGCAAAAACCCACAGGGGGUGGUCUGCUCCAACAGAGGUACGUGUCAGUGCGGAAGCUGCUUGUGCGACAACAAGGACGACAGGGGUCUGGUGAGCGGACGCUUCUGCGAGUGCGACGACAGCGAGUGUCUGGACGAGGACACGGGCGACGUGUGUGGAGGCCAUGGCCAGUGUUACUGUGGAAACUGCUACUGUGCUGCCGGUUGGCAUGGAGACAAAUGUGAAUUCCAGUGUGACAUCAGCCCAUGGGAAAGCAAGCGGAGAUGCACAUCUCCAGAUGGCAAAAUCUGCAGCAACAGAGGGACCUGCGUGUGCGGGGAGUGCAACUGCCACGACGUGGACCCGUCCGGAGACUGGGGGGACAUCCACGGCGACACGUGCGAGUGCGACGAGCGGAACUGCCACGCGACCUAUGACCGGUACACGGACGACUUCUGCUCAGGCCACGGCCAGUGCACCUGCGGCAGGUGUGACUGCAGGGACGGCUGGGCGGGGAGGAAGUGCGAGCACCCGCUGUCCUGCUCGCUGUCGCUGGAGAGCAGCCUGAAGAAGUGCCGGGGCGCGUCCGCGCUGCCCUGCUUCGGACGAGGCCAGUGUCUGUGUGGACAGUGCACCUGCCACCCGCCCGGGGACGGACGCGUCCACGGCAAGAACUGUGAGUGUGACGACCGGCAGUGUGAGGACAUCAGCGGAGAGGUCUGUGGAGGUCACGGCUACUGCUCGUGCGGACGCUGCAUCUGCGAGCAGGGCUGGUUCGGGAGGCUGUGCCGCUUCCCGCGCGCGUGCGACAUGGGCGACGGCCGCAGCAGGGAGCUGUGCGAGAGCGCGGACGGAGUCCUGUGCAGCGGGAGAGGUUCCUGUCACUGUGGCAGAUGCAUCUGCUCUCCCCAGGACUGGUGGGUGUCUGGAGAGUACUGCGAGUGCGACGACCGGGAGUGUGACAAACACGACGGCCUCAUCUGCACAGGCAACGGGGUGUGCAACUGCGGCACCUGCGAGUGCUGGGACGGCUGGACGGGGAACGCCUGCGAGAUCUGGGUGGGAGCCGAGUACUGAGGACGGCCGGGCUGCCUGGAGCCGCCAGGAGCCGCCAGGAGCGCGGGGGAGGACGAAGCCACGAAGCUCUGCAUGUCGACAACCUUCUUUUUUUGGACUGGCUACAAAUGAGUCUUUAUUAAAGUGGAGUCUGUUAAUUUAACAAAAACGCCGCGUUCCGCUGCAAACGAGGCGUGUGUUCCCCACAGCUACACUCACCCUGCUAAGACCAGGUUCUCUCACCGAGACGCGGGGAUGAUGUGGGCCUGUCGGAACCGGAGACAGAGUUCACGCGAGCUCAAGGCAGAGGUCACUGUUUGAGUUUUUUUAUUUCUUUUUAAUAAUAAAACAUUAAAUGUGCUGCAUUACACAACAUUUUGCAUGGAAAACAAUGCGAAGACCUUAAUCAUACAUGGUUACAAAUUCGUUAUAACAUGACAUAACUCCAAUGGGCAUACUUGCAAUGGUAUAUAUAUCCUCUGAAAAUAAAUCAUCUCAAUAGUG